AUGAAAAUUGAAAUUGAAAAUUACAAAGACGAAUCUCAAUUACCAAGCAUAAUAAAUCUUAUAACUCAUGAUUUAAGUGAACCUUACUCAAUAUAUGUAUUUCGAUAUUUUAUACAUCAAUGGCCGGAAUUAUGUCUUUUGGAAAAAAAAAAAAAAAAGGAUAUAAUUGUUGGAACUAUCAUUUGCAAACUCGAAAAUCAUAAGAAAUGCCUUCGCGGUUAUAUUGCUAUGAUAGCUGUUAAAAAAGAAUAUAGAAGAAAAGGAAUAGCUAGUAAAAUGGUUGAAAAAGUAUUAUCAAUAAUGAAAGAGAAAAAUACAGAUGAAGUGAUUUUGGAAACAGAAGUAACUAAUAAAGAAGCAAUAAUAUUAUAUGAAAAUUUCGGAUUUAUAAGAGACAAAAGACUACAUAAAUAUUAUUUAAAUACAUCAGAUGCAUACAGGUAUAAACUUUAA